AUCCAUGUAACCAUGUAACACUUCUCAUGCCUAAUGCCUAAGUUUCCUACUCAGAAUUUGAUAUCUACCCUCCAACACAUGGUUUGUUUUGAGCAAUAGGCAGUAGUAUAUGGAAUCCAAAAGCAAAAGCCCUUAACUAAGGAACACCGACACAGAAUCACAUGUGCACAAUUUCAUUUAUAUUGCAUGCAUGUGUCUCAGUAUUUGCAUUGCACAUUCAUUUUAAGGACUUUGGCAAAGAUAUUUAUAUAUAUAGAAAGCAUAUUCUCCAAUAUUGUAAUCCGACAAUAUAUUUCCACUUUUCAAAUUAAAGCUUAAUGACAAAGUAACAUCUAAUAAUCCAACAUCAUCUUUGUUUUCUUUAUCAUAUCAUUACAGCUUGGUCCUCUUUCUUUUUUGACAACUUUUUCUCUUCUUCCCACUCAUCAUCUUUAUCUAAAGUUCUUUGCUAUGUCUUUAAAACACUGCUUCUGUAUAUAUCAAUCACACUGAAAUUUCAGCUAAGAUCAUUUCACUCUCUGAUAAUGGCCAAGGAAGCUUCUUUCAGCCUCUUGAUUCUCUCUUCUCUCUUAAUUUCAUGUUCUGGAGUUUUGGUAGGUUUUUCCUAUCAUGAGAGAGGAGACACAUGGAGUAAAGUUUCUUCGUCUCAGAUUCGAGUUUUCGUCACAGAUCAUAGGAUUUUGAGCACUCUUACCAACUCAAAUGUGUUAGUUGAUCUUUACUUAAACAAAAGCCAAGUUGAAAAUUUCACUACUUCAAAACAUUCAGCAAUUUCUGAGCUAAAAGUUCAGCUUAUGAACUUUCUUCCACAUUUAAACAUCAAAAGCAUCAUUGCUAGCUGUGGAAGUGAGUGCUUAGUCCAAAAUAAGAUGCAUAUGAUUAUGCAUGCUCUUAAAUCAAUUCAUUCAAUUCUCAGAGAUCUUCACAUAGGUAACGAAGUAAAAGUCUCGGUCGCAUUUCCAUUUCAAUUCUUAAGGAAGUUGAGUAUAUCACAAGAACACAAACUUUGUAGGCUACUUUCAUUUAUAAAGGAAACAAAAUCGUUUGUGACGAUAGAAGACAGCAUUGAUGGGGAAUUAAGCAUGGGAGAACAUUUUGUUCAAACUAUUACCGAACGCGCUUCUCUUGCUGCUUCUGUUCUUCCUUGCAAUGAUGUUCCUGUGGUGCUAACAAUCAAGAGUUCAGUUUUACCAAGUUCAAUAGAAGUAGCUCAAUUUAGUAAAAGGGUAUCCAAAUAUUUAGAAGCAAGAAGUCCUAUUGCAAAAAGAUUAUCUGCAUUAUAUGUAGAACUUCGUGCAACAGAAGAUUUUUCAAUGAAAGAGCUUAAAAGGGAAGAGGAAGAAAUAUUUCAUUUGUCUAGAAGAGAGAUCUUAAGCAAAUUUCACAGAAGAAAAACUUUAGAUGGCACAAACAGUCCAACAAACUCAGUUUAUCCGACAAAUCCAACACCAGUUGUUGUGACACCCUCGGAUACACCAACCAUUAUUGCAGUUCCUUCCACCACCAAUCCUGUCACAAUUUCCCCUACAAAUCCAGCUGCAAUGCCAGUAACAGUUCCUCCUACUACACCUGCUGUUCCUUUACCUCCAACAAAUCCAACCAAUUCACCGGCGGUUCCUGUCUUCAAUCCAGCUACAACGCCUUCGACAGUUCCAGGUACACAACCAAUAACCAACCCUGUGACAUCUUAUUAUCCACCUCCAUCAGGAAAUGUUCCUGUUGUAAAUCCUCAACAGCCACCUCCUUCAAGCGUAAAUGCUCCUUCCAUUCAAGGACAGAGUUGGUGUGUGGCGAAAUCAGGUGCUCCACAAGCGUCCCUUCAAUCGGCGUUGGAUUAUGCGUGUGGAAUGGGUGGUGCUGACUGUUCUCAAAUACAGCAGGGUGCUAGUUGUUACAGUCCAGUCACUUUGCAGAACCAUGCUUCUUUUGCCUUCAACAGUUACUAUCAAAAGAAUCCAUCUCCAACAAGUUGCAACUUUGGAGGCGCUGCCACCUUAGUUAACUCAAAUCCAAGUAAAAUCUUAACAUAUUUUAAUAACCCUCGUUUUUUUUCUUUCAAUCUCAUGCUUCAAAAAAUUGAUCACUGUUUAUUUUUAUUAGGUUCUGGUUCUUGCAUUUUCCCAUCAUCAUCGUCCUCCUCAUCAUCGUCGUCAACAUCAUCCUCAACGCCGCCAACGAUAUCAUCACCAACGCCACCUACACAAUCAAUUCCAACUUCAACACCGCCGCCAAGUCUAACAACACCUUCAUCAUCUAUUCCAACAAUAGCUCCCCCAUCGAUUCCAACAGCUCCACCAACAUCUUCAGGAUCAGGCACUUUCGGCUAUGGUGCCCCACCUUCAGUGUUAAAUUCAUCAAGCGACCCAGCUUCAGGUACAAUGCCUGAUUUUGGGUCCGAUAGCCCUCCUGUUGUAAACACAACGACGGCCUCGCACUCUCUAGCUCUGAAACCUGCUACUGGCUGCAUAGUUCUGAUGAUUUCAUUUGUCACUGCAAGACUCAGUAUGCCAUAGAGUUCAGAAUUCAGAAACAAGUUUUCCUUUCAGAUCAUCAUACUAUUCAUAGCCAUACGUUAGAGUUGUCUUGCAACAUCAGGUCUAUAGGUGCAGAAAGAUAUCAGAUUAAGAAGGGAAGAAAAAGAGCUCUGCUUAUGGUGUUUUAGGUUGUAAAAUAUAUUAUGGCCAAUAUUGGUCGUGUACAUAUAUUUUGAGAGCUGAGGUAGUUUUCUUUUGUUUAUUCAAAGUUACAAUCUAGGAACUAUGUAGUAGAGGAAUUCGUAUUUCCAGCAGUCAAGGGUCCCGCAUUUACACAUCCCGGACAACAGUGGUCGUCCAAUUUUGAUCCGACAGUCCAAAAAAUGUAGAUUUUAAUUUUGAUUGUAUUAGUCAAAAUACCAAGCUUUAAUCUGGACUAUUAGAUCUUGAUUGAACGGCCAACAAUAUUCCGAGUACGUGAAUGCGAGAAAUAUUGUCUGCAGGAGAGUCGGGUCUGUAGUUCAGUGUAAAUCUGUCAGAGUUGUUAUGACCAUCCGUUUCCAUGAAUGGAGAUUUGUUAUAGAUUGAGGUUCUAUUAAGAUUCUGAUGGAUAAAAAUUGUCAAA